AGCCUGAAAUUAUACCGUGUCUUCAUGAAUCGGCCUGUAUUUAUCAUAGUAUGCUUGUAUGCGUGUAUUAAUGCUUGCAUGCGUGCGUGCGUCCAUGUAUGACCACGACCCACGUUCCAGAGCUAGCGUGAUGUUUUCUCAGCGACUCUGGACAGUCUGUCGAGAAGAAUCGUGAGAGGAUGUGGCCGGCUGUUCCGCUCCUCAUACUCUUCGCACUAUGCCUUCGCGCUGAUGAUGAGAUCGACACCAACAAGAUCGAUGUUUCGGCUCCACGCGAAGCGCAACACGUGCACAAUGCUACGCUGGGAGAAAUCUUUGAGAAUGCGGUCCAGGCCUAUCUCGAGGAAGACUGGGAUGGCUGCGUUGCGAGAUUUAACGAUGCUCUGCAUGGAUAUAAAGUAUACAAACGUAUGGUGACGAUUUGUCGACGGAAAUGUAAAACCGAGACAGAAGGCGCCUCACCAAUCUUUGCAGAGAACAUUGAAGAUCUGCAUUUUUAUGAAAAAAAAGUGAGAGAAACGCUCUGUUUAAUGAAAUGUAAUCAAGAUUACCGUGAGAUCGCAGGUGCGGGGGCGCUUAAACGACUCCCACUCGCUACAGAACAGAAGUUUAUGAAUCUUACCAUUUAUGAAUAUCUUCAUAUCUGUUAUUUUCAAAAAGGAAGAUAUCAAGAUGCAGCAAAUGCAGCUUUUACUUUUCUCUCCCUAUAUCCUAACCAUAAGAUGGUUCUGAAGAAUCUUCAAUACUAUUUAAAUCUACCUGGUGUGGUCGCGAAGGAAGUUGUAAAUUUAGAGGUGGCUCCCUUUGUGCAAAUGUACAUUCAAGGAGUUCAGGAAUACGAAGCUGAAAAUUAUGUGGAGGCUAUUGCCGAAUUUGAGAGCUCUCUCGAAUCUUAUAUGGAAUCCGAAGAGAAUUGCAGGAGCUAUUGCGAGGGACCCUUGGAUCAAGGAUGGUAUCCUGAAUUUACUUCUUCGAUAGCAAAUCAUUUUACAUUUUGUCUAAAGUGCAAACGUGGAUGUUCACUUUCGCUGCACAACGUGAACGGCAAUUUUAAGGCUGAUCUACUCAGAAGCCAUUAUAAUUACUUACAGUUUGCUUAUUACAAAUUGGGUAAUUUGAAAGCAGCUUGUGCAGCAGUUGCAAGUUACUUAUUAUUUUUACCCGCCGAUGAGACAAUGCUUCACAAUAAAAAUUAUUACAGCAGCCAGCCGAAAGUGAAAGAAGAAUACUUUACGCCAAGAGAAGAGGCGCUUUUCUAUGUGAAACGACAAGAAUACGAAUUGUUAUUGUUGAAUUAUAUAUCAGAAGAAUUCACGGUGAUAGAGGAUAAAUUCAAUAAGUUCAUCAAGAAGACUAACGCAAAAAAGGCUAAACAAAAAAAUGAAGAGGAUUUAGGAAAGUAUUCUUCCUUGAUUUUGCAUCCACCUCCGGGCCAUUCACCAUCCACGAGAACACAAUUUGUUGGUAAUCUAUCAAUAUUCCGGGAUGAGGAGGAAACAGAAAUACAAAAAAGUCACAUCAGAAAACGAUUAGAAGUCACUGACGAUGUACGAAUAAUAGCAGGAGAAAAAGAACUCGGCGGAAAAAAUCGUUAUGCAGCUGACGGUCUUCUCAAUUACAUUGAAUGCAAUUUGCUUAUGCAACUAACUCAAAUCGCUAUGGAAGGUGAUGGCUAUGAAGGAAACAAGAGUCCGCACUCGUCUUACGAGCGUUUUGAAGGUGUAACUGUUGGCAGAAUGGCAUUGAUGAUAUACUUCAAUCUGAUGAAGCCGGAAUUACUGGAACUGUUCCUGCAACGCACGGAAGCGGUUCGCGAUCAUGUGGAAAGGUAUUUCAACCUUGACUCACCACUGUAUUUCACCUACACCCAUUUGGUCUGCCGUACGGCUUUACCCGAUUCGCCGACAAAUCGGACGGAUUUGAGUCAUGAAAUUCACGCUGAUAAUUGCGUGAUAAAAGACGAAGGCUGUCUUCGGGAGGAUCCUUCCUAUACGUGGCGAGAUUAUUCGGCGAUUCUAUAUCUCAAUGAUGAUUUCGACGGCGGCGAAUUCUUUUUUGCUGAGGAUUGGAAGAGUCGCCGCGUUCAGGGAGUCAUUCGACCUCGAUGUGGACGUAUGGUAGCAUUUUCUGCCGGUGGUGAAAAUCUUCACGGUGUUCGGGGUGUGCGCACCAAUAGAAGAUGCGCUGUGGCCUUGUGGUUCACUCAGGAUGAAAAAUAUCUGGAAUAUGAGAGAGUGGUGGCGGAUACUAUGUUAACGAGAGUUCGCACCUUGGGUACUGUGCAACACAAGGAUAUCAAAGUACCUCUUAGAUACGAAGACAUGCUGAUCCAGUGUUUUAAAGAAGAUGAAAUGUUGAGGCAUAUAUUGAGAGAAGGAAAAGGUAACGAAAACAAGCAGCAUAAAUAGAAAUUUACAUAAGAUUUGUCCUAUGUCAACUAAAUUUUUACUUAAAAUGAAAUAGCUGUUCAAGCUUCGAAACGAAAGAAGAGAUAAAAAAUAUGCAAUUAAAGUUAACGAGCUUAUUAAUUCGUGAUUUACAAAAGAUAUAUAAAUGUGAGAGUGAUUUAUAUACAAUUGAAUUAAACUAUAGCCAAAUUAGAACUGUAAUAAAGCCUGCUUUAAUAAGGAAUUUUUAAUAAGGCCGAUAAUGAAUUAUAUACAUAGAUUAUUAUUCAAUAGACAUAUCGAACAUCUAAUUAUGUAAUCUGAUUAACUCAUAAUCGAUUCAUUUUUACUUCAUAAUUCGAAACCGGUUAAUUUUAGGUUCUACGAAAAUUAUUUUAUUUAUUCUAAUGAGUACAUAAUACAUGCAGGCAUGCAAAGUUUGUACCAUAAAUUUUUGAACACCAUAUGUGUAUGUGUGAGCAUGUGUGUGUGUGUGUGUGUGUGUGCGCGCGCGCGU